AUGAUGCGAAUGGACAAUAUCAGCUAUGCCGGAACGUCGUCAGAAUCGUCGACCUCACCUAUGCUAUCACCCGAGCUACAGCAGCAUUUGUACGGCUCCCCCGCCAGCAGCACCAGUAUUAUACCUUCUUCUUCAUCAUGUAUCUCUUCUUCUUCCUCGAUGAUGAUGUAUUCGGACAGCCAAUCAACCACACCUUUGACCCCAGCUGCCGUUUCGCCCAUGUCGACAGUUCUGUACGAUCCGAUUCAGCAGCGUAAAUUCUCUGUCGACUACGCUUACUGUGGCUGGAGCUUCAAGCGUUACGAGCACUUGAAGCGACACAUGCUGGUCCAUACUGGUGAGCGUCCUCAUGUGUGCCAUUUCCCGGGCUGCGGAAAAAGUUUCAGUCGGUCCGACAACUUUCAUGCGCAUUGUCGUACGCAUACGAAGAAAAACAUGAUGCAACAGCAGCAACAGCAACAGCAACAGCGUCGAUCUUCUUUGUCACGUAGCAACAAGUCAGCGAGCAGCAACACAGCAACGUCAGUAGGCAUGGAAACAAGCAUUCCCAUGCCAACGUCAACUGGUAAUAUGCUUGCACCAUUCGGUUAUCCUGUCUACGAGAACCGUCCAACCCAACAGUUUCCGGACUUUAGCAACAAUACUAUGAUGGGGCCAACAUCCGUGCCCACGUUCAACCAACCAGUACAAGAGCCUACUACUGCAUCAUCCUACUUGACCGCAGGACCUGCUUCUGACGAGUACUUUUUGCUGCAGCACAACAAUGCCAACGACUGGCCUGCAGCUUACCCAACAACAACAGGAUCGAUGAUGCCCACGACGGCACCAACGCCAACGACGACUUCACGACGUGCUUCGUACCCUGUUACUGCUGCCACGAGUACCAUGGCAGCAGCUACGGCGCAAAACAAGUCGCACGUUUGCCCUAUUCCACAAUGUCUGCGACGAUUCAAACGUUUGGAGCAUUUGAAACGUCAUAUGCGCAUCCACACGUUGGAGCGCCCGUUUUCAUGCACAUUCCCCAACUGCCAUAAGACAUUUUCGCGUUCGGACAACUUGUCGCAGCACAUGAAGACACAUCAACGUCAUGAAGAUCGACGCAGGCGACAGCUUCAACAGCAACAGGAACGACAGAAGCAGCAACAGCAAGAACAACAACAAUUUAUGGCAACAACAACCUCAACCCAUCCACAGCAGCAGUCCGUGUCAACAGCAAGUGAAGCAGCGUUCCAGUAUGGAAUGCCUGCCACUAGUGCGUCAGCAGCCGGUUUACAGCAGUGGAAUGAUGUCGUUGCCGCUGCCGCUGUAGCUGCUGCUGCUGUACCCCUGUAA